UAACGAAACUUUAUUUAAAACCUCGAUCAUACUACUUAAAAAAAAAAUAGAAAAAGGAAAAAGAGUGAGUGUUGCAAUAUAGUGUGCACCAAUUAAAUUACAUUAGGAUAUUAAAUACAUGUGGCCAGCCCAUAUCCAGAAUGUGUUACCUAUAUUUAUAACUGAAACCAUUUUCUCAUAUUCUCUCUGUCUUCUUUCAUCUCUACACACACACACUACUUCAUCAUCAUCAUCAUCAUCAUCAUCAUUUAAUCAUUUUUCAAUCUCAGUUUCUGACAUGUCCGUUGAGCUUGAGCUCGAAUCUGAAUCAACCUCACCAACCGCUCAUCUCCAACAGAGAUCAACAAGAGCCUUAUGUUUUCCAACCUGCUUCGCUUCACGACGCAGUUCCAUUUGGUGGGAGCGCGUCCGCUCCGCCUCCUUUUCUCAAUCCCAUCCCACCACCACCGCAGAUCGAUGGUGGUCUCGCGGUCUCAAAGCCUUAAAGAAACUCCGAGACUGGUCAGAAAUCGUCGCCGGUCCAAGAUGGAAAACCUUCAUUCGGAAAUUCAACCACCAUCGUUCCUCCAGACGAAUGGCCAAUUCCAAGUACCAAUACGAUCCGUCGAGUUACGCCUUGAACUUCGAUGAAGGUCAGAACGAGUUUAGCCACGACGAAGGGUUUCAUAAUUUCUCUACGCGUUACGCCGCCGUUAAUGUUAAGUCUGUUGCGCCGGAACCGAAUUGUGAAAUCGGAGUUUUGGUUUGAGUGCGCCGCGUGUGCUGUUGUGCGCUGGAGUGUGUGCACAUUGUGAGCUGGAGAGUUCUGUUUAUUUUGUUGCCUUUUCCCAAUUAUGGGAAUUUACUUUUUUUUCCUUUUUAUAUCGUAAAUAUGUUGGUUUAAAAAUGGAAAUGGAAAUUAUUAGUAUUAGUUA